AUGGUUCCUCUUUGCUUUGAAAAGUCGAAAUGGGUCGCUGUUGCCAUCUUGGCAGUCGCCAAAGCCGGUAGCGCGUUCAUACUGUUGGACCCUUCACACCCAACCGAACGGCUGGCGUGGAUUUGCAAGAAUGCGCAAGCAUCAGUGUUGCUAUGUUCCAAGGAUAUGGCUGCGUUGGCGGCGAAGCUCGGCUGUCAACACGUCGUCCAGGUCGAUGAGAACAGCAGUCGAGAAAACCAAGCCUCGCUAACUACUCAAGUGCAUCAUCCCAUCCAAGCACUCCCUAGUAAUGCCCUAUGUGCGCUGUAUACCUCGGGGUCAACGGGAACGCCGAAAGGCGUCGUUAUCGAGCAUUCAGCCUUCGCCACCCAAGUUACCGCGCUUGGACUGCACUUCCAUCUGGGUCGCCAGUCACGUAUUUUUCAGUUUGCAUCCCAUGCAUUCGACGUCACCGCUGCCGAUUAUGUGUUUGGACUGGCCCUUGGCGGCUGCGUAUGCGUCCCGAAUGAAGCGGACAGCCGGGACAACCUAGCCAAAGCCAUACGAGAUCGUAGAGCAAACUGGACUUUUCUGACACCUUCGGUCGCCCGAACUCUAACACCCUCCGCUGUACCAGAUCUCAACACCUUGGUGAUUGGUGGCGAGUCUGCAAAGGGAAUAGACUUUACGGUUUGGUCAGGCGCCGUGCGGCUCGUCUACGUAUAUGGUCCUGCUGAGGGGACGGUCUACUGCACUGUGCAGCCCAAGACUCAACCGGGUGCCAAUCCGGUGAAUAUCGGAUCGGCAGCUUCUUCCGCAUGCUGGCUGGUAGAGCCUGCCAACCCAGAGAAGCUGGUUGCCAUUGGGGCGGUUGGCGAGUUGGUGAUUGAGGGCCCGAUUGUCGGCCGCGGGUACAUGGGAGAGGAUCUGGGCGGCUCGCCUUUCAUUCCGCCGCCAAAGUGGUUGCGUGCCAUGCCACGAAGUGAGUCACCAGGCAGGCUAUACAGAACUGGAGACUUGAUGCGGUACAGUCCAGACGGCGACGGAUCGCUAGAGUUUGUUGGUCGGAAGGACAGGCAGGUCAAACUUCGCGGGCAGAGAAUGGAGCUUGCGGAGAUUGAACAUCAAGUUGCGCGGCAUUUUCCUGCCACAACGGAUGCCAUUGUGGAAAUCAUUGCCCCCGAGAACUCAGACAGUCAGAGGUUACUUGCUGCUUUUAUCUGGGAUGCCAGCAAUGUUGCAGGGAAACGCUCCAGUAACAACCAAGGCACGCUGUCCACGUCUGCCAUGUUCGCCGUCCCAGAUGAAGAGUUUCAAUCUCGGGCAUCGAUCGCGGAAGUGGCGCUACGGAAGAGCCUACCUCCUUUCAUGAUCCCUUCGUUAUUUGUUCCCCUCAAGCAAUUCCCCCUCGGUCCUACCGGCAAAGUAGACCGGCGUCUUAUCAAGGACAAGGCGUGCUCACUUUUGCGACGGGAGCUCAACAUCUACCGUGGCUUCUGUUCAUCUAGAAUGAGGCCCCCUUCCAAUACGUCAGAAAGUAAAAUACACCAGCUGGUUGCAGAUGUGCUUGGUCGGGAUCGCGGCGACAUUGGGAUGAACGACGACUUUUUCCAGCUUGGUGGUGACUCGAUUAGUGCCAUGGUUCUGUCGGCACGGGCUAUGGACAUGGAUCUGAAGUUGUCGGCCGCAGAUAUUCUAGGCCAUCCUCGUCUUUGUGAUAUGGCCGACCUGGCUAUUCAGAAGAGCACGGAGAGAUGCUUGCCCACAGAGCAGCUAUCGCUACCAGAGCCGUUCUCGUUGCUUCCCGCAAACUAUCAUCAUAACACCUUGAUGCAAGAAGUUGUGAAAGGCCGCUACUUCGAUCAAUGGAAGGUUCUAGAAGCUCGGCGGCACAGCCGCCGCUCAAGCGGCUUGCCCGUUACAGUUAGCCACGGGGGCAUCCCGGAUGAUUUCGCGCUCAGCGAGCAAGGCGUGGGGUACAUCGCCGGACUCACGGAUAAUGUCGUCUUCAUGACGGCGACAUCGGCGGCAUUUGGACGCAACGGAGACGAUCACAUCCUCUACGUCACGACAGGCGGGGAAACGGCGAAUAUGACGGGUUUCCACGGAAAUGGCAAGGUCAUGGCGGUAGAGGUGUGUGCCAAGUUGGCGUUACAGCACGAGUUUGAAACGGUGUUCCCCCAAGAUGACAACCUUGUUGUUUGGGACGCCAAGCAGCAGGUUCACUCCGCUUGCCGGGUGUUGCCAAAUUCUGCGGCUGAUGUUGCUGUGAUUCUUCGGACAGUCAUCGAUUAUGAUUGCAAUUUUUCUGUCAAGAGCGGCGGUCACUCUCGGGAUCCCAACGACUCCAUCUCCGUUGGGGGUGUCACCAUCGACUUACAACAGAUUCGUACUGCCGAAGUUUCCGUCGAUCGCUCGCGCGCCAGGCUCGGAAGCGGACAUGUACUCCAUAGUCUGUAUACAGCGCUCGAGGCAUACAACCUCACCGCAAUGGGAGGCAGGGUCGCUGAUGUUGGCGUCGGCGGGUUCACUCUCGGAGGUGGUUUCUCUCGGCUUUCUCCUCAGCAUGGGCUAGCUAUGGACAAUGUCCUGGAGUACGAGCUUGUCUUACCGAAUGCUACCAUUGCGAUUGUCAACGAACAUUCCCACCCAGACCUCUAUUUCAGUCUCCGGGGAGGCAUGAACAACUUUGGCAUUGUUACGCACUUUACUGCUCGAGUUUUUCCGCAAGGUCAAGUUUACGGCGGUAGUCGUAUAUAUUCUUCUGAUAAACAGGAUCUUCUCAUCAAGGAAUCAGUUGAAUUGACAACGACUUGGAAGAACGACACAUUGAUGGCGUUUUACUACAGCUUCGACUAUGACCCUCUCAAGGACGACUUUACAAUGACAAUCAAUCAGGAGUACGCAGAGGCAAAGCUGGAUCCACUUCCAUUUGCCAAACUGAACGAGAUACCUUACCAGUCAAGCAAUCUGCGCGUGGACUGGGUCAGCAAUUUCAGCAAGGAUGGAGUCUCACCUCCGGGCGGAAGAAACCUCUACGCCACAAUUACGCACAAUCCGUCUGCGGAUUUAGAACGACAUCUACAAGAUAUAGUUGUCGAGGAAGCCAAGGCAAUUAGCCGCGGGACAAUAUUCCGUCCUACUCUGGUCUCUCAGCCCAUUUAUGAAGCUUCCCUCCGAAGCGGUGAGCAGCGAGGCGGAAGUGCCAGCCGCAUACACUCCCAAGGGCCUCUGACUGUUGCUUUAUUGAUUGUAGAGUGGGAAUCGGCGGAAUUGGACGACACCAUGGAACAGUUCGCCGACAACUGGGUGAGGCGGGCUACAAAGGCUGCCGAGGAAGCUGGAAAACUUAAUCCUUGGCUAUACAUCAAUUAUGCAAGCAAGCAACAAGAUCCUUUUGCUGGCUACGGUGUUGAAAAUGCGGCAAGAUUGAAGCGGAUACAGGCAGAGGUCGAUCCAAGAGGCACCUUUACAUCUCAAGGGCUGUGUCAGGGCUACUUUAAGUUGAACUAG